AUGGACACAUUAAUGGUAAUACCCGCAAUAGCGUUUUAUUAUUUUGUAACUGAAAACAUAUUAGUUGUAACGAAAUCCGAUGGAUAAUCAAUGGAACCAACUAUAGGUGAUUGUUCAUCAUUAUUAAUAAAUAAAUUCUCAUAUAAAUUAUUAGGAAAGAGGGUAUAAAAAGGUGAUGUUGUAGUCUCAUAAUCACCUGUUAAGCCAGAAAUAGAUAUUUGUAAAAGAGUUAUUUAUACAGAAGGAGAAUAUGUUUAUGGAAUUAAAAUUCCGCCGAAUCAUGUUUGGGUAGAAGGUGAUAAUAAAAAUAAUUCUUUUGAUUCAAGAGAUCAUGGACCUCUUCCGGAAUGCUUAAUAUAAGGAAAAGUUAUGAUGUAAUUAUAUCCUUUUAAAAAAAUUUAUGAUUAGAAUUGAAUUA